CAGUUAUAGUCAGUCCGUAUCGGGCGCUCGGUCAGCUGAGACCCGUUCGUCUUUGCUCGGAGCACAUUGAUCCAUUAAACCAGUGACAAUCACGUCGCGUUUAAUUUUUGUGUUAAAAGUGUCUUAGUUACGGGAUUUUUUUUUUAAAUUUAUUUUUUCAAUAUUUCACUGAAAAAAAAAAAACUAAAGGAAUGUGUUUUAAUCAUCUCAUCAAUAAAUUACGUGAUAAAUAAUAAUAAUAAUAAUAAUUUUUUUUGCGUGUGGAAGCUGACAAAUUAACGAAUUGGGAAAUCAUAGUGGAAAUGCAGCCAAUCUCAUCAUUAAGACGUCGACAGACAGUACAUCGGAUUAAAAGGAUAAUGCGUGUUUUAAAAUAAUUUUCGAACUAUUAUAUAUAUAUGUAUAUAUAUAUAAUAUUUUGGAUAUUAAUAAUAAGUUUUUGGUGAAUGUAAAAAUAAUUAAAUAUAAGAACUGUGUGUUUCAAAAAGACUGUGUUAUAAAAAGAACUGUUAAAGAAAUCAAGUGCGUAUACAGUAUAGUGAUAUUUGCAUCGGAACUUCCUGUUAUAUGUCACACAAGAUAUAAUCGCGAUCUUAGAGAAGCAUCUGACCUUAUCGAGGACGAGGACAGAUCAUUGAACGAGGAAAUUAGAACAUAUUUUUUUUUUUUUUUUAAUCUUUUGAGAUAGAAAAUCUUUCGAUGGAUGACUUGCCAAGCUAAUUAAACGUGCAACGGUUCAUACACAAUUCACAGACAACUUCAGACACAUUUUAAGAAUAAUGCGAAACUUGGAAAGGUUAUCAGGCAGCGAUCAGGACUGCGGUGAUCAGGAGAUGUAUAUCGACCUAGACGACGCCUCCGUGGAUUCUCUAACCGGGAAACGCGGACGCCAUCAUGUCGUCGGAACAGAGGUGGGCGAGGAGAGUGACAGUAGUGGUAGCGAGAGAAGCCCAAAGCAAGCGAAGAGACGAAAUCGGGGUGGUCCACCCACGACGAGAAGAAGAAAAAGUGGGAUUUCCGCGAGGGAGAGAAAUCUUCGAAGGCUGGAAAGCAACGAGAGAGAAAGAAUGAGAAUGCAUUCCCUAAAUGACGCUUUCGAGCAACUGCGGGAAGUGAUACCACAUGUGAAAAUGGAGAGGAAACUCAGUAAAAUCGAAACACUAACGUUGGCCAAGAAUUAUAUAAUGGCAUUGACGAACGUCAUUUGUGAAAUGCGUGGAGAGGAACAACCAUACACAUUCGUCGACGGAGAAUGUGGUUCCAAUAGUGGCGAUAGUACGGGCCAAUUGGAAUUAAGUGGUGGCGAACAGCCAGAAGAAGCAUCACCAGCCUCGAUACACGAAACGAAUAACAACAACUUGUUGCACGAGGAUCUAGAACGUAGGAUACCAUAAAUUUCAUCUUCCUCUUGGGGAGGGGGAGGGGGGAAGAAAAGUUUCGUAGCAAAUUCGCAAGGGUUUCGCCCCAAUCAGUAUAUCGAUUCACUCUCAAGAGCCGGAUGCUGAGAAUUGAUUAAAAAAAAAAAAAAAAGGAUAUUUGAUUGGUCCUGCGAAUCAAGAAAAAAAAACCACUAUUUCGACUGAUUCGACUGAGCUCCAAACACUCAUCAUCGAUACAUUUAUGCCAUCGUAGUUGCCGUUUCGAUACUACAUACAAAAAAAAAACAUUUUAAAACGAGAAAUCUCGUUAACUCCCGAAAAAAGCAGAGGUUACGAGAAAGAAUAAUCAUUUAUUUGAUAAGACAGAAAAUAUUUCUCAAAACAGAUUAAUAUUAUUAUUUGUGGCGAGAAACAAACGAAGGACAAAAUAAAUGCGACUUUUUUUUUUUUUUUUAUUUUUUUUAAAAGAGAGAAGAAGAAUCUGUGCUCGGAUAUGGAGAUACGUGUGAUAAGUGUUAAGCGAUAAUGAAGAUAGAAUUCGGUGCGGGUGUUUUAAAAUGGCCUUGACUGGUCGCUUUUGUAUCUCUCAAGGACGAGGACGAUGGUCAGGCAUACGAUAAUAAAAAAGAAAAAAAAAAUAGCGAUAUAGACAGCGAACUUCAAUGUCGGCCUCAAACGCGAAACUGUGAUAGAACCUCGUUAUAAAAAAAAGAGGUGUCGUUUGCAUGCUAUAGUGAGAACACACGGCCGCACCAUUUCUUCUCCCUUGUCAGGAGAUGAAGAUUUCUGUAUAGCAGCAUAAAGAUUCCUAUAUAAAAAAAUAUAUAUAUAUACAUAUUGUAUACUAUACGCGAGGUAUCAACGAAUCUAUUUUUUUUUUUUUUUGGGGGGGGAAAGAAAGAGAAAAGGAGAUUAAAUUUUCUGCGGCUGAAAAAAAAAAUGAGUGAACGAACGACAGCGCGUCUGUGUUUUCAAUCUUCCUUUAAUUUCUUAAGUUAAUAGAGAUCUUAAAUUUAAAUUUUCAAGCGAUAUAAAAUAAAAAAAAAAAUUAGAAUUUAUUGAACCAAAAAAAAAAAAAAAGAAAGAAAAAAUUCGUCAAUGUAAUAACAACGAUAAAGAAAAUAUAACAUCACUGCUUGAUAUGAAAGAGAUAAUAACGACUUAUAAGAUAAUGGAAUUUUUCAAUUUAGUAAAAAAGCCCCCUAUCUUGGUAAGACAAUUUUCAGUAAUGAGAAACUGAAAAAAAACAAAUCGGAGAUAAUGCUAGAGAGAGAGAGAGAGAGAGGAAGAUUGGAAACCCAACAAUACUCAGUGAGAAACUCGGAAAAUUUCUAUAAAUAUUAUGGAACUGAGAAAAAAAAUAUAUAUAUAUAAACGCGCGUUAGAGGAUAAAAAUGUUGCUUGAGCAGCUAAAAACUGCUUUUUUUCCAACGACCAGGGAUAUUGUUGCCAAUAUUCGUUUAUUGAAGCAGCGAAUACAUCGACUUUUUUUUAGAAUAAUUUUCAUCAACUAGCAUAAUAGAAUUCAAGCCAUAAGUCGCUCGCUGAAUUUUUGAGAAAAAAAACGUUUUUUCUCAACAGCGAUUCUUUUUUUUUUUUUUUUUUUAUUAAUUGCGCGAUCACACGAGAAAUAGGGACCAAAUUGUUAUUGUUUGUUUGAUUGUUCAUAUAUAUCUAUAUAUAUAUAAUAUAUAUUCUUUUUUUUUUGGUUUAGUUACCAGGCGCGUGAAGUGUAUGAAAAAAAAAAAAAAAUCAUUAGGCCUUAAUUAUUAUUGUCUCGAGUUACCAGAAGCAACAUCUUUAGAUUAUACGUCUUUAUAUAUAUAAAAUAAUUGACAACUUGCAUUAAUAGUGUAAAAUAAAUCAAAAGCAAGUAUAAAAGAGAAUGGUCAGAAGUGAAAUUUAUUGAUGUUUAUCUUAUAUAAUAAUAUAUAUAUAUAUAUAUAUUUUAUACGUGUGUACUGUGAAUUUUUAUUGUGUGUUUCAAAAAUAUUCUGUCGUUUUUUGUUUCUGGAUAAUUUUUGAAGUGUACAAUUAUAAUGUCGAUUUGUCACUUAAACGGAAAAUCUUGUGAGUCAACAUGAAAUUUAUUUGAAUUUAGAAGACAUUUCUUUUUUUUUAUAAUAAUAAAUAUUAAUUAUUAUAAGAAUUUUUUUUAUAAAUUUUAUUUUAAUAUUUUAGCUAUCACACGAGUUACUAGAAUUCAAAUUUAUGAUAAAAUACAUUUACAAAUAUGCAAAUAUGUUUACUUGAUAAUUAAAGUAUGGAAUAAGUUUAAAAAAAAAAAAAAAUUAUUUCAAAUGUAUAUUUUAAAAAAAAAAUAAUUGUAUAGAAAUUUUUCGUGUGAUCCGAGUUUUCCGUGUAGGAAACAAAAGAAAAAAAAGAAAAAAGCGAUUCGUACACGAGUCAAUAUAUAUGUCAGAGAGGAGGAACGAUGCUGUGUUACCACUAAUCGCGUGCGAAAUAGUUAUUAUAAAUGUUGCUUGUACCGCCCAUAAUGCUUUGCUGGCUUUGCACAUAUUUAACUGCUUUCAAAGGAAUAUACUAUAGCAGAGUCAACUGAACAUUCCAGAAUAAGUAUAUUUAAAUGGACAAUUUUAUUGUACAUAAUAUAUCUACUCUUACGUCUCUCGUAUAUAUAUAUAUAUAUAUGUUAUCAAACAAAAAAAUUAAAGAAUAUCGUUAAAAAAAAAAAAUGUCUUUUCGAUCAAGAGAGAGAAUAGCUGCAAAUUUAAUUUCCAUGUAUAUGAAAAACGUUUAGAAUUUUUUUUUUACAUAAAAAUAAUGAUAAAUUUUCAAUAAUUUUAUAAACAAAUUAAAAUAAUGUUAACAAUUUAUAAUGAUAAAAAAUUAUACUUUUUUUUCUAUUAAAUUGAGAGAUGUGUAUUUUUUUACAUUAAACAAUAAGUGCUUAAUUAAAAUGCAAACUAUACAGUACUUGAGCAGCACAUUUUUUGACAGUGCACAUCGUAUAUAUAUGUUAUUUAUCAGAAAGAAAAAUCCUCAAAGGCCAAUUUAUCAUAGAAAAAAAUUAAAUGAAUAUAUAAAAGAAAAUGAUAUUUUUAAUGUAAACUUUAAUAAUUAUAAAAAAAAAAAUAAAACUGUUGAUCGAACAAGAGAAAUUUAUCGAAAAUACAAAUUGCCUGUCUUCGUGUGAUUUUAAUUCUUAAUGGAAUUAUAAAAGCAAUGAAUUUUACAAGUGACCAUAUAUAUUAUAUAUAUAUAUAUAUAAAUAUAUAAUACAGUUAAAAGAAAUUUUUUAAAAAAAUGCACUUAUAUUAUUAUGUAUUCGUAUACUUGGGCUUCCGCGUUUGUAUACGUCUACCAAAAUGAAGAGAUAUAUGCAUGUAAAGAGAGAGAAAGAGAGUCUGGGUAUGCAUGUGUGUGAAAGAUAAAUCGAAUUAUAAUAUAUAUAUUAUAUAUAUAAAAAGAGUGUAUAUAUAUUUUAACAUGGUUUAAGAGCUAGGCAAAAUAGCAUAUAUGUAUAUCGUUUAAUAAUUAUUUGAGAGUCUCACGUGUACUAGUACUCUUAUAUUCCAUUUUAUGCAAUCAUAUUUUUUUUUUUUUUCAAACGAUCGUCCAAAUAAUUUAUCAUGCAUAAUUUGCAUCAUUUAAUUAAUAUUAAUAAUUUAGUCAUGUGAAGAUUAUACUAAUCAGUGAGAAAUUAAAUUAAAUUUUUGUGCUUGUAAUAUAUGGAGAAACAUAUAAUAAUAUUUUCUUGACCAUAUAAGGCCUCGAAAUGAAUUUGUUUUUGUAUUUAAUUUGUUAGUAAACGAGUGUAAUUUAAAAAAAAAUUGAUAUUUUAAAGAAUGUACUUUUUACACAGUUGGAUACUAUUUUUAUAAAGGGUUUAGAAAUACCUAAUCUCAGAAUCCUCAUUGUUUUUUUGUUAUUUUAUAUGAUUUUUAUUUUUUUUUUUUUUUUGUUCAUUGAGGAGAACACCGUAGCUUGAAAUCAUGUCAUUGUCAGUUAAUUUCUUAUUUGUAAAGUCAUACUUUUAAGAAAAGAUUCCGAUAAUUUUCUUUAGCGCGUACUACACGAAUGAAAAAAAGAAUUUUUUUUAAUUUACAGAAUUUUAUACGCAACAAUUGCAAGAUAUUUUUCUUUUCAAUUGUAACAGAGAGAAAAUUUUUUUUACAAAUUUCUAAGUUAUUUAUAAAAAAAAAAAAAAAAAAUUCCUUAUAUUAUUUCUGUAAAUUGAGGAAAAUAUGAUUCUUUCUUCGUGUAGAUAUGAAGUUUGAAUGCAUUCCUAUGUGGCACAUUAUAAUCAUUCGCGUUAAAAAUACUAUAUAAGUGCAAUCAAAAACACUUAUAAACCCUAUAUGACGACUUUGAGGUUAUAUCAGUCAAGAUUAUUAACAACUACAACAAAAAUAUUAUAACUGUCUAUAAUAUGAUAAAUACGUCUGUCGCAAAAAAAAAACAAAGCUUCAAAUGUCUACAUAAAUCACGGAAAAGAAUUAUAUAAAAAAAAAAUGUGUAAAAUGUGUAGUGUACCAGAUAGGAAAAACGUAAAAACAGAGUGUGUACGUUCAUCUAAAGAAAAUAAAAAAAAACCUACUCAAUCCA